CUACCCUCUUCCCUGAUUUCCAUCGCGCACUGCAAAUGUAUGUGGGUGUCUUGCGAAUCUAUCUCUCACCAAUCGCCACCCCUGCACACUCCCUCCCGAUCCCUUACUCGCGUGGCUGGCAACCUUCCUCCUCCUGCUUGCUGCAUACCUGCAUACCUGCAUAAACUGCACAACUACAUGCAAACCCCGCGUCCCCGCGCCUUCAACAAAAAAUAAAAAAACAAAACGGUCCAUGCUCAUGCUCACACCCCGGGCGGGCGUUGGCGCCUCGGUGGGAAUUGCGAUAGGUG